GACACUCCAGCAGCCUAAUCCAGAGAGUGAGGAUGCAGAGCGGCGCUCUGGGUCGAUUCAGCGACCUUUAACUUCUAAUUUCAGGGCUGACUGGAGAAACCCCGCCGAACUUUGUCCCUGAACGCUUCAAAUCCCACAUUUUCAGCGCCAGCUGUGGGUUUCAUCGGCACCGUCUUCCUCCUGAACCGGACUUUAGUAGACGUUACGUGGGGACAAUGGAAUCCAACAUUAUCCCGGACAGUAUCCGCCCUCAGAGGCUGCAGCCGGGGAUUGGCUUCGGAUCGGGACCGACGGGGACGCUGCGCUCCUCCUCUCUCCGACCCGGAGUCACUGUCCCUGUCGCGCCGCUACUUCCCUCCCCGGCCUCGCUGUCCGCUUCGUCCGGGCCUCCUCCUCCUCCUCCGCCGCUGCAGCUCCACAGCCUGUACGGAGGAGUGGGAGCGGGGCUGGGGCAGGGCGCCGGCGGCCACUGCAACCCGGGGAACCCGGCGGUGCUGAAGGAGGCGGUGGAGGCGGUGGUCCGCAGCUUCGCCAAACACACGCAGGGCUACGGCAGAGUGAACGUGGUGGAAGCGCUGCAGGAGUUCUGGCAAAUGAAGCUGACCAGAGGGGCCGACUUGAGGAACGGAGCUCUGGUCGUUUACGAAAUGGUCCCGUCGAACAGCCCGCCGUACGUCUGCUACGUCAGCCUUCCAGGCGGCAGCUGCUUCGGGAGCUUCCAGUUCUGUCCAACCAAGGCGGAGGCGAGGCGCAGCGCCGCCAAGAUCGCCCUCAUGAACUCGGUCUUUAACGAGCACCCCUCCCGUCGGAUUACAGAUGACUUUAUUGAGAAGAGUGUGAAUGAAGCGCUGGCCUCCUUCAACGGGAACCGAGAAGAGGCCGAUAAUCCCAACACUGGGAUUGGGGCGUUCCGCUUCAUGCUGGAGUCCAACAAAGGAAAAUCCAUGCUGGAGUUCCAGGAGCUGAUGACUGUGUUCCAGCUGCUGCACUGGAACGGGAGCCUCAAAGCCAUGAGAGAGCGGCAGUGUUCCCGACAGGAGGUGCUGGCUCACUACUCCCACCGGGCGUUGGACGACGACAUGCGCACCCAGAUGGCGGCGGACUGGGUGAACCGGGAGCAGAGCGUAGCGGGAACCAUCGCUCAGGAGCUGGCCUCAACGGAGCGGGAGCUGGAGGACGCCAGGCUGGCAGGCAGAGAACUGCGGUUUUACAAAGAAAAGAAGGACAUCCUGAUGUUGGCCGUGGGUCAGCUCAGUGCCGCCAACGCCGCCACUCUGCCCUCGCACUAAAACACAACCCCCUCGCCACGGCGAAGGACCCCUGGUAACAGUGUUGAUCACGUUCUAAGAUGUGUUUUGUAAUGAGGAUCAGGAAGUCAAGCUUCUUUUGUUUAUGAAAGAAAACACUUGUUACUGAACUCGUUGUGCCUAGUAACCACAGGAUGCUAUUUUUAUUGUUUGCCUGUAAAACUUGGCAUCGCAUCAGAGUAUGAACAGGGCUUUUUUUUUUCUCUCUUUUGUUGUCUGUUGUAUUACAUUUGUUUCUGGUUUUGGAUUUGAUUAGCUGGGGGAUAUUAUUAAAGGGUGGGAAGGAAGAAAUUAGAUGCAAAAAGUCACAAGUAUCAGUGACAUUACCCUGAACCUUCUUUAUGGACGUUUUUAGUGAAAUAGUGAAAAUGAAUUCAAUUUAGUUGAAUUUUAAAUUCCUUUUUGUCCUUUGGAUUGUCUGUUGGGAAAGAAACUUUCAUUAAUCUUGUAUUAUUUCAUAAGUUGGAGGUGUCAAAACUCUGUUUCAGAAAAAAAAGAAGCAAUUUCAAGUUAAUUUUCAUGGCAGAGUGCCAGGUUGUUUUCCUAAUCUCUCCUCUGCUACAAAUGGAGUUAAAUAAUUCAAAACUCACUACAGCUACAACUUUGAACAGGCCGUGGUGUGACUUUAUAUAUAAUACAGAGAGUAGCUAUUGUAAAAGUAUUAUUGAUCAUGUUUUAUUAUUGUUAUUAUUAUUAUUAUUAUUAUUAUUAUUAUUAUUAUUAUUAUUAUUAUUAUUAUUAUUAUUAUUAUUAUUAUUAUUAUUAUUAUUAUUAUUAUAGAAAGGAGCUUAUUUUACUGUGUUUCACACUCAGGUGGCUGAGCUAUGAAAACUUCUACCAAGUUUGAACAUUUUUACUGGUUUAGAGCACAAACACUGGGAUAGCGUUUGUAAUUCAUGCCCUGGAUUCACUGUUUCCUAUUGCACUCUGGAGCAGCCUCUCCCAGUGUGGAAGGAAGUUUGAGUGUUGCAACAGGAAGUUAACAGAUUUAGCAGGCAAUACGUGUCUAAUAGUGGUUCCUGCUAAGGUUGAGUGACCAUGUCUUACACAAAGGUAGACGAAGACCAGCCCAAUGGAGAUCGAGCGUUCAGGGUAACUAAGUGUUGAGGGAUAAAGGUUCGGGGUGGUAUCAUUCAGACAAGCCUUAAUGAUACAGAGUUUUGCAACAUUUCAAACGGCAACACCUUGUCGGCUUUGUAGCAUUUACUCAAGCGAAACCUUGUGAUUGAUCAUUUAAUGUCAGGGUCUUAAAUUACACAUAAACUCCAACAUACAUGGUGCUCAGAUCCAGUCAGACGGUGUGUUUUCUUCCAUACGUUAUAUGUGAUCUGUGUCACAAACCGUAAAGAGGAUCUCUUUGUCAAGGCCGUUUUCUCAAUAACAAUUAAAGUAUAUCUAGCAUUUGAGAAAUUUUACAAUUAAAAUAUGUGGUUACUUUUGACUCUGACUGUUCAGUUUAAAAAAAAAAUCACACAGAGAAUGAAGUGUUUGUUGUGUUUUGGUGUUUCUGUAUGUGAACUGUCCUGGUUAUUUUAGAGGGUUUUUUGUGUGAUUUGUGACCCUGACACUAGUCGAAUGUAUAUUAUAGCGUGCUAUCAACUUUAUUACUGACAAACCAACUCUGCUACACAAUAAUGGAUCAUUUUACAGCAUGCACGACUUUAUAAAUGCAGAGUAAAAGGUCAGUAGUAUAAAGUGAAAAUGGAUUGUUUUACCAUGUUUUGGACAUAGAUGAGGAAAUUCAGAAUAUCAACUUGGAGCUGAAUAUAUAUUUUUGUUUCUGUGUGUUUGUUGAAAAUACUCAAUGCAGAAUUUAUUUUUUCAACCAUUUGAAGCCAACAGAUGAUAAAUGAAGUUGAACUCUUUAUAUGCUUUUGUUUCUUAUCUAUAUUUCUAGAAGGAUCAAGAGAUUUUAACCAAACUCUUCAAGACUGCAUGUUAACUAGAAAAGUGUUUAAAUGGACAAAUCGAGGCUCCAGUUUAGGAAAAAUGUGGUACAAAAGUAAACUAAAACAGUAGGGAGUCACAUUCUCCGCUCCUGAAGUUAGAAUCCCCAACAGCUGAAACAUGUUGCCUUUUUUGGAGAUGGCAAAUUAAAAACAUGAAGCAACAAUUGAUUGUCAUUAAAGGCAGGGGAGUUUUUAUUUUGUUUGCCUUUCGUUUGGGAUUGUUGUUAUUUUUCAUAAAAUUGGAAACAUUUAUGUUGGGACCUGUAAAACACUGAAAUGUUUUAGUUAAAUUUAUUACACCAUCUUAAUGACAGAGACCAGCAGGCUUACAUUAGACUAAAUGGAAGAAUGUGGUAGAUACUGGUUUACAUACAAAGGCAAAACUGAAAUUAUAGUUUAAAUAUAAUUUCCUUAUUUGAAUUGAAAACUCCCUGUAGUCUUAGUUUUUUUGGCCUUUUACAUUUGCAUUUAUAGAAACAAUAUAUCUUUGAAUAUUGACAUUCUUCUAUUAGAUUACAAAGGAUCUUUUUUUCAAGUUUUUAAUAGUUAAAGUCAAAUGAACACAUUUACCUCUACAUGCCAAAUUCCCUUCAUAUGUAAAUUUCAGUUUUAAUAUAACUUUGUUUCUGUAAGUUUUCAUAUUUGCUUAAGCAAUAUAUGUUGAGUGGGUUUUCAGUGAUUUAUUAAAAAUAUAAAAGAUUUAUAAUGAGUAUAAGAACAUUUUAAUGGAGUUGUUUAAAAGAAAUGAGAUAUUGAUUUUCUUUCUUUUUAUUCACUUUGGUUUUUAUAAUAAAAAUCCCCAUCAAGUGUCUUAUAUACAAGCCAGUCCAAAAUAUCUUUGUACAAAGGACUUUUAGUUUUCCUUUUUUUAUGCUUAAGGAUUUUUUGUUGAUAUUAAGUUGUUACACAUUUUAUAAAUGAAUGAACCCUUUUUUGAUGCAUGAUGCUUUAGAUUUUGUUUUUGUGUUUCUUAUUCAAUAUACAGUAUUGAUUUAUAAAUUGCUCUUUAAAGCCUGAUUGUGUGUAUUUUAUAUGAAGUUU